AUGGGUGAUGCAGUUAUAGCUAAGGAGGAUCGUUGUACACAUGAAUUGUUUAUAAACACACAAGAAUUGACUAGAGAAGGGUUCUCUAAUAUUUUUGAAUGUUAUAAAAAGGGCAUUGCUAGACUUGGUGCAAUUUUGUGCCAAGAUGUUUAUAAAACUGAAGCUCGUGUUAUAAAAGGCCGCUGCAAACGAAAUAUAAGAGUACAUAAAUUAGCUAUUUUACCUUCACAAACAUCACAAAGGCAAAAUAAUCAAACUGAAAACAAUGAAUUACAGCAACAAUCUCAUGAAAACAACAAUUGUAUAAGGCGUCACCAUCGAAUUACAACAAACAACGAAAAAGAAGUACUUGAAAGUAUACUUAAUUAUGAUGCUUUUCCUGAGGAUAUAGCCAUUGAAACUUUGCAUAAACUUCAUGAUAUUAGUUCUGAGUGGGACAUGCAAUCAGCAUAA